CGAGGCGAGGCUCCCGCGGGGCGGGGACGGGGUCGGGACUGAGGCGGGGCGGGGCCCGCCCCGUCCGCAGGGACUUCUCCGUUGCCGGCCCCAUCCCGGUCGCGGAGCGGCGGGUGCGCGUGGGGUCGCAAGGCCUCGGCAGCUCUUUGCGGGAACGGCGCCGUGCGUGUUCCUGCCUGCUGGGACGGGAAGUCAAGAUAGUUUGCACUUGAAGGGUACUUGGACAAACCUAGGACACCUGUUAACUUGAGUCAAGCUGGAAUUUGUGUGAAAAGCUGAGCAGUUGCUUCCUGGCUGCUGGGAAAAGAUUCUGCUUUCAGGUUCUCAGGGAUGGUGAUUUGAAGAAUCAGGUUUCCGAUAUGAACAAAGUAAAAACAUCAUCUGAAAAAAGUGUUUCUACCAGUUCUCGGACUAUGUCGCUGCUGUCACAGCUGGAGAAGAUCAAUUUGGACUCUGUGUUAGGAGAAGCAGACAAUGCCAGAUACGUUACCUCAAAGAUCCUUCAUCUGGUUCAGAGUCAAGAAAAAACCAGGAAGGAGAUGACUUCUAAGGGCUCCACUGGAAUAGAAGUUAUCCUGUCAACGCUAGAGAAUACGAAAGAUCCUCAAACUAUUCUAAAUAUAUUGAAUAUUCUUAUUGAGGUAGUCUCCGUUGGUGGUGGUCGGAGAGCCAGCGUCUUAGUCACUAAAGGAGGGACACAGAUCUUAUUGCAGCUGCUUUUGACUGCCAGCAAAGACACUCCACCAAAUGAAGAAUUAAUGGUGCUUCUUCAUACUCUUCUUGCAAAAAUUGGUCCAAAAGACAAAAAGAUUGGCAUGAAAGCAAGAAUUAAUGGUGCCCUCAACAUAUCAUUGAAUUUAGUGAAGCAGAAUUUGCAGAACCACAGGCUAAUACUGCCAUGUCUUCAAGUAUUAAGAGUUUACUCAACCAACUCUGUAAAUGCCGUGUCCUUGGGAAAGAAUGGAGUAGUAGAAUUGAUGUUUAAGAUCAUUGGCCCUUUUAGUAAAAAGAACACUAGCCUUAUGAAGGUUGCUUUAGACACACUUGCUGCAUUGCUAAAAUCAAAAACAAAUGCCAGGAGAGCAGUAGAUCGAGGAUAUGUGCAGGUGCUUUUAACAAUUUAUGUUGAUUGGCACCGUCACGAUAGUCGACACAGAUACAUGCUGAUACGUAAAGGAGUUUUACAGUGCAUUAAAAGUGUUACAAACAUCAAAUUGGGAAGAAAAGCAUUCAUUGAUGCCAAUGGGAUGAAAAUUCUUUACAACACUUCACAAGAGUGCCUUGCAGUAAGAACUCUUGAUCCUCUUGUCAACACAUCCAGCCUAAUAAUGAGAAAAUGUUUUCCUAAAAAUCGUCUUCCUUUACCAACUAUUAAAAGUGCUUUCCAUUUCCAACUCCCCGUUAUUCCUGCCAGUGGUCCUGUGGCUCAGCUGUACAACUUGCCUCCUGAUGUGGAUGAUGUAGUAGAUGAAAGUGAUGAUAACGAUGAUGCUGAAACAGAAUUAGAAAUUGAAACCGAAAAUGAUGAUGACAGGGACCAACAUUUUAAGAAUGAUGAUAUUGAGACUGAUAUUAAUAAACUGAAACCUAGACAGGAAUUGGGAAGACCCAUAGAAGAACUGAAAAUAUAUGAGCAAUUCUUCCCAGAACUUUCAGAAAACUUUCAGGAAUGUGACUUAGUUUCCAAGGAACCAAAGCCUUUUGUACCUGAUGCAAAUCUGUGUGGACCUAUUGUUGUUCCUACAGCAGGAGAGGAGCACUCUGCUGAAGCAAACCAGUCAAUGAAAGGAGUUGUUUUAAAGGAGAGCAAUCCUUUAUUGGCAGAGGAAUACAAUAGAAGGCCAGCCUUUCUGGAACUACCAAAGAAAGAUAGUAUCAAAGACAGUAGUUUACAUCAGCAAAAUGAUCAAAGAAAUCUGCUUCCAUCAUGCCAGUGUCUAAGCCAAGAAAUUGUGAAGGGCUUGGACAGAAUCAGUCUGCAGAGCAGUGCAAAAAAUGACCAGUAUUAUUCUACAGGGAGUGUAAUAAAGAAGGAAAGCAAAACUAGCCUUACCACACUUGCUUGUAGUAAACCUUGCGAACAUGUUUCACCCUGUGGAAGCAGCCUCUUUGAAGGAUCAUCUGUCCAGCUGGGAAAACUCUGCUGCACUGGAGUGGAUUCAGAGGAGGAGGAUUCCAGAUCUAGUUCAUCAGGGGAACAAAUUGUGCUUGAGGUUUCUGAUGUAUCACCAGUUCAUGACUGUGAUCUUUAUAUUGAAAUGGUAAAAACCACAAAGUCUAUUCCUGAAUAUUCAGAAGUGGCCUAUCCAGAUUAUUUUGGCCAUAUUCCACCCCCAUUUAAGGAGCCUAUUCUGGAAAGGCCAUAUGGGGUGCAGAGGACAAAAAUCUCUCAAGAUAUUGAAAGACUGAUUCAUCAAAAUGACAUUAUAGACAGAGUUGUGUAUGACCUUGAUAAUUUGAGUUGUUCAGUACCAGAGGAAGCAGAUGUCUUGAAGUUUAAUUCCAAAUUUGAAUCAGGAAACCUGCGCAAAGUUAUUCAAAUCAGAAAAAACGAGUAUGAUCUAAUUCUGAACUCGGAUAUAAAUAGCAAUCAUUAUCAUCAGUGGUUUUACUUUGAAGUUAGUGGAAUGAAAACUGGCAUUGGUUACCGGUUUAACAUCAUCAACUGUGAAAAGUCAAACAGUCAGUUUAACUAUGGUAUGCAGCCCCUCAUGUAUUCUGUUCAAGAAGCAUUAAAUUCUCGACCAUGUUGGACUCGUGUUGGGACAGACAUUUGUUACUAUAAGAAUCACUUUUCAAGAAGUUCAAUUGCUGCUGGAGGUCAGAAAGGAAAAUCUUACUACACAAUUACGUUCACAGUGACUUUCCAACAUAAAGAUGAUGUUUGCUACUUUGCUUACCACUAUCCAUAUACAUACUCAACUUUAAAGAUGCAUCUUCAGAAGCUGGAAUCUAUGCACAACCCUCAACAGAUAUAUUUUCGACAAGACGUUCUCUGUGAGACCCUGGCUGGCAACACUUGUCCCUUAGUCACUAUUACAGCCAUGCCAGAGUCCAAUUACUAUGAACAUAUCUGUCAGUUCAGGAAUCGUCCUUAUGUUUUCCUAUCUGCUCGUGUACAUCCUGGAGAGACUAAUGCAAGCUGGGUUAUGAAGGGAACACUGGAAUACCUUAUGAGCAAUAAUCCAAGUGCCCAAUGUUUACGAGAAUCUUAUAUUUUCAAAAUUAUUCCUAUGCUCAAUCCAGAUGGUGUCAUCAAUGGAAACCACCGUUGCUCUUUAAGUGGAGAAGAUUUAAACAGACAGUGGCAAAAUCCAAAUCCAGAUCUGCAUCCCACUAUUUACCAUGCUAAAGGGUUACUGCAAUAUCUGGCUGCUAUAAAACGUUUACCUUUGGUCUACUGCGAUUAUCAUGGUCACUCUCGUAAAAAGAAUGUGUUUAUGUAUGGCUGCAGCAUCAAAGAGACAAUGUGGCACACAAAUGUUAAUGCCGCCUCUUGUGACCUGAUUGAAGACCCUGGUUACAGGGCACUGCCCAAGAUCCUGAGUCAAACUGCCCCAGCAUUCUGCAUGGGCAGCUGCAGCUUUGUAGUGGAAAGGUCCAAGGAAUCAACAGCGAGAGUUGUUGUCUGGAGAGAGAUAGGAGUACAAAGGAGCUACACAAUGGAAAGCACGUUAUGUGGAUGUGACCAGGGCAAAUAUAAGGGAUUGCAGAUAGGGACAAGAGAACUGGAGGAGAUGGGAGCAAAGUUUUGUGUUGGCUUACUGCGUUUAAAAAGAAUGGCCUCACCUUUGGAAUACAAUCUGCCUUCUAGUCUGUUGGAUAUUGAAAAUGAGCUGAUUGAGUCAAGCUGUAAAGUGACGAGGGGUUCUGGAUAUGUAUCAUCUGAAGGCUGCCUAACCAGGAAGAAAAAAAUGGAUCAGGCCUUCUAUAGACAGCUAGAAGCAGCCUCAUGUUUGCAAGCCCUGGUCCUUGUGGGGGACUUCAACCACCCCAAUAUCUGCUGGAGGAACAACACAGCAUGGCAUAAGUAAUGUGGGAGCUUCCUGGAGAGCACUGAUGACAACUUCCGGACCCAAGUGAUACAAGAACCAGCAAGGAGAGGUCCUUUGCUGGAUCUGGUACUCACAAACAAGGAUGUGCUGGUUUGGAUGUGAAUGUUGAAGGCAGCCUUGGCUGCAGUGACCAAGAGAUGAUGGGAGUUCAGGUUCUUAAGAGGAGGGAGCAGGGCAAAGAUCAUAACCCUGGGCUUGAGGAGAGUUCAGGGAUCUGCUUGGAAGAGUCCCAUGGAAUAAGACCCUGGAGGGAAGAGGGGCCCAAGAAAGCUGGUGGAUAUUCAAGGACCACUCCUGGCAAAACUCAAACAUGUAAAGGUGUUGUGGUUUAAGCCCAGCCAGUAACAAAGCAUCAUGUAGCCGCUUGCUCACUCCUCCCCACCCCGGCGUCCGGUGGGAUGGGGAGGAGAAUCAGAAAGGAGAAAAGAAAAAAAUGGAACCUUGUGGGUUGAGAUAAGGACAGUUUACUGGGACAACACAAGGAGAGAAGUUACAACAACAACAAUGGUACUAUUAAAAGAAUAUACAAAACAAGUGAUGCACAGUGCAACUUCUCACCACCUGGAACCCGACACUCUGACACUUCACACACCAGGAGAGAGAGACCCCCUGGCCCCACAGCCCGCUCCUCAUUUAUAUACUGAGCAUGAUGUCACAUGGUAUGGAAUAGCUCCUUGGCUAGUUCAGGUCAGCUGUCCUGGCUGUGCCUCCUCCCAGCUUCCUGUGAAGAUUAACUCUAUCCCAACUGAACCCAGGACAAAAGGAAGGUGGAAGCAGAGACAGCUAACCUGGGAGGGAUAUAGAGACACUGUCUGAGUAUGCAGAGACGUGGUUAGGAAGGAUAAAGUCCACCUGGAGUUGCAUCUGGCAUGGGAUGUUAAAGGCAAUAAGAAGGGCUUCUGUAAGUACGUAGGUAGUAAAAGGGAGACUAGGGAAAAUGUGGGCCCACUGCUGAAUGGGGCAGGAGCCCUGCUGACACAGCACAUGAAAAAGGCUGAGGUACUGAAUGCCUUCUUCACCUUAGUCUUUGCUAACAAAACUGGCUUUCAGUAAUCUAAGGACUCGGGGACAAGGGAAAGUCUGGAGCAAGGAAGACUUACGCCUGGUGGAAGAGGAACAGGUUGGAGAAUACUUAUGCAAACUGGGCUUGCAUAAGUCCAUAGGUCCUGAUGAGAUGCACCCAGAAGUGCUCGGAGAGCUCGCUGAUGUCACUGUGAGGGCACUCUCAAUAAUCCUUGAAUGAUCGUGGUGAUUGAGACAGGUGCCUGAAGAAAAGCAAAUUUCAUUCCUAUCUUCAAGAAUAGCGAGAAGGAAGACCUAGGGAACUACAGGCUGGUCAGCCUCACUUUGAUCCUUGGGAAGGUGAUGAAACAACUAAUCCUGGAAAGCAUUUCCAGCCACAUGAAGAAGGAGGAGAUUGUGAGUAGUCAACACGGAUUCACUAAGGGAAGUCAUGCUUGACCAACCUGAUAACCUUCUACAAUGAAAUGACUGUCUUGGUAGAUGUGGGGAAUGAAGUGGAUAUUGUCUGCCUUGACUUCAGUAAGGUUUUUGACACUGUCUGCCAUAGGAUCCUUGUAGAGAAGCUGAUGAAGUAUGGGCUGUAUGGGCAGACAGUGAGGUGGGUUGAAAACUGGCUGAACAACUGGGCCCAGAGGGUGGCUAUCAGAAGCACAAAGUCUAGUUGGAGGCCAGUAACUCGCAGGGUACCCCAGGGCACAAUACUGGGUCCACUCCUGUUUAACAUCUGCAUUGAUGACCUGGAUGAUGUGGCAGGUCCUGUCACGGUUUAAGCCCAGCCGGCAAGGUGUACCCUCAGCAAGUUUCCAGAUGACACUGGACUAGGAGUGGCUGAUCCAGAGGGACCUUGACAGGCUCUAGAAAUGGGCUGACAGGAAUCUCAUGAAGUUCAGCAAGAAAUGUGAAGUCCUCCACCUGGGGAGGAACAGCCCCAGGCAAAAGUACAUGCUGGGGGCUAACCAUCUGGAAAUAAGCUUUGCAGAAAAGGCCAUGGGAGUCAUAGUGGACACCAAGUUGAACAUGGGCCAGCAAUGUACCCUGGCUGCAAAGAAAGGCUAAUGGUAUCCUGGGCUUCGUUAGGACGAGUGUAGCCAGCAGGUUGAGGGACAUCAUUCUUCCCUUCUCCUCAGCACUGGUGAGGCCAUACCUGGAGUACUGUGUCCAGCUCUGGGUUCCCUAGUACAAGAGAGGCAUGGACAUAGUGGAGGGAGUCCAGUGAGGGGCCCCUAAGAUGAUGAAGGGAUUGAAGCAUUUCCCAUAGGAGGAAAGGCUGGGAGAGCAGGGACUGUUAGUCUGGAGAAGAGAAGGCUCAGGGGGCAUCUUAUCAAGGUGUACAAAUAUCUGAAAGGAGGUUGUAAAGAAGAUAGAGCCAGGCUCUUUUCCAGUGGUGUCUGGUGACAGGCUAAGAGGCAAUGAGCACAAACUAUAGAGGAAAUUCUAUUUCAGCAUUAUAUACAUAUAUAUAUAUAAUGUGAAAAGGGGGAAAUGUCUUUAAGUCUGUCCUCAAAAGACACUUGAGUGCUGGUGUUGUGGGCCUCUUCAAAUUGGAGUCCUAGUUUAGGCAAUUAGAAUACAAGGUUCUAAAAUCACAAUCUAGUUGCAUUUCUCUCCCUCAGAACUUUCACAGGCAAGCUUCUGAUCCUUUGGCAUUUCUGUCACAUACUCUUUAAUAUUUUGUAAAUAUGUUUUCUUCCAUAAAUACAGGCUGGCUGUAAGGCAGUUUCACUUGACAGCUCUUGUGGAUGGUCUCUAAAUGAUAGUCUUUCAGCAAGGGCAUGUGUUUGUUUCUUGAGUUCCUUGUGUACAUUGAUGCAGCAUGUUGAACUCAAAAUUUAAUACUGACAUGUUACACCUACUUAUCAUGCUUUACAGUUUUUAAAAGUUUUACUUUUUUUUUUUAUUUGCGGCUGCUAUUAUGUGUUAAUGAGAUUAUAAUAUUUUUCCCAUCCGUAAGUGUUAUAUCGUUGUCAAUUUUAUUAGAACUAAGCUUCAGUAUAAAUGUAUCUCUCUGAAAUAUUAAACCUUGGUUACAGCAUUUUGAAUCAAGAUGUCGUUGUGAGUAAUUAAUUAUCAGGGUGGCAUUGAAAAACAGCCCAGAUGUCCACUUAACUUUAUAUUAAUAACUGCCCCAGAUAUAGAAUCUGUAUUUUAUAUUGUCUCUCUGGAGAAAGUUAGCAUCCUGGGUCACAGGUGCGCUGUGCUUCGGAAAAAAAUUACGUGCUGGAUUUCUCAGUUUGUUAAUGUUACUUAUGAUGGAGUGGCCUUAAAACAGCACCUGUUGAAUUGGGGAAUGUCAUACAUAGGUCACUCCCCAUAGGAUCUGCCAGAGAGCUAAAGACACAUCAGAAACACUUUAGUAUCAGGAUGGGAUAAAAAAGGGUGAGGAGUCACGUACCAGCCAGCCUUCUAACAUACCACUUUGCAUGAACACAUGCACAAAAAAUCCAGUUCUGAAGCUAUUUGAAGGAAGUGAAUAAAAAAAGGAACUAGAGUUCUUGACCUUCUUCCCACGGUAGUGGGGGGAGAAGCAACUGGUUAUGCUUUACCACUCUGGUUAAGCUUUUAACUGAUCCACAAACUGUAGACAAUUAGGUGCUAUUGUGGUAAAGAAGUAGAAAAACUGUUGUCUGGAUUAAAUGUUGUUGCUAGAUGUUAGCUUAAACUAAGAACAGGGUUACUGCUUUCUGAUAUUUCUGAAACUUUCAACAGAUCAGCACAAUCAUUUAUUGAGAGAGAUUUUCUUGUUUUGGUGAAACUAAACUUUACCGUAAAGGUAAUAGUUAUGGUCCUGCUUCUUGAACAGGAUCUCUGUAGUUAGUCUGUACACAAGUUGAUCAGCUGCUUUGAAAGCAAGUACAAGCAUAAACACAAUCCUUUGGACUUAAUGGUUCUUCCAUUUUGGACUUUUAAAGCACACUGUUUAUGAUGGGUAUGGAAGUGCCUCCGGUGAGUAAAAGUCUGUUACUGCUUUCUGUUUGAUAGCAAACUUGAGUAAUGCUAGAUGAGAAAAGGAAUAAAUGGGAAGGUGGGUUGUUUUGAUGUUACGAAAUAAAGCAAAUCCUGGAGAGAGGUGUAUGUGAACAGACAUGUAUAGUUUGAAUUUCCUUUCCUUCUCCAGCUAAAAUACUUCAUUAAUCCAGCUAGCUCUAGAAAAACUAAAAUGAACUGCAUGUAAAGUGCUGGGGCAGGGGGGAAACUGCUUCUGACUUGAUUUACAUUUUGUUGGUGAAGUAAGGGGCAUGGAGACUGUUUUAUACUGGAUUUUCUGAAAGCACUAAUGAAAGACUUACUAUUGCAAAAACACAAUGUAGCUGGUUUGGCAUAUAUGAGCAUAGAUUAAAAAUAACAUGAGGCUCAUAAUAAGGUUAAUAUUAUUGAGACUGUACAUGGAAAUAUUUAGAAUCCUUUUGUGUGAGGAAGGUAACUGGUACUCAGGAACUUCAAAAAACAGGAAGGUUCAGUCUCCACCCCAAAAGACUGGGUCAUGAAAAUCACAAAAGUAAUUGUACUGCAAGACAAAAUUUUAAGUUGAGAGAUGAAUUAAUAACUUCAUUCAAUGUUUUGAAACUGAAUUUGUAUAUAGAAAAAAAUUAGUUUCCUAAUCCUGACCUUUGGCUACAGGUGGUGAAAGGUAGUGACAAAUGUUUCUGCACUAAAGAAAUCAAGGCAGUAGAAAAAAAAAAUCAGAUUCUGUGCAUGUUAGAGUUACGAUUUUUAUCAGAUAAGGAACAUUGACGUAAGAAAUAUUGAGCUCUAUUGGAGAGAUCUGUUAACAACUGUUUAGAUUUUUCUAAUGUCUGAUGGCUUUGUUUCUUAAAUUUAUUAAAUGUAAAUCUAUUAAAUGUAAAUUUACUGUAUAACACUAAAAUAGAAAAAUAUGUAGCAUGAAGUGAGAAAAUAGGUACCUUGCUCUGUGUUCAUUUAGCAGUACUGUGUAUCUAUGUGAGAAUCUGUGGUGAAAAAACUAAAUGUGUAAAUUCCAAGAACUUGUCUUUAAAAUGUGGCAUUAAGACUGAAAUAUGUUGUGUAUUUGUACCUGAUUCUCUCUAUGUUCUGAACCCAUCUUAAAAGUGAUUUGAUAAUCAUAAUUAUUUAUACGGAGAUUCAUGUCAUUGAAUUCAGUGGAAAUGCUUAUUUGAAAAGUGAGAGUGGAAUCAGACACUUAAGACAGCAUGUUUUUCAGAGAAAAGUGCAAACUAUACUGCUCUUUGUGUCACUACUGGAAUAUUGACUUAAUAUCACACUGUUCCUUUUUUCAAGUGUGAAUUUUCUUAAACUUUAUGUGUAACUAGAGCAGUUUUAUGUACAGCCACUGAUUUGUCUGUACCUGCUGAUGCAUCAUUAAACAGAUUUAUUUAACCAAAGUUA